CAGAAACCCCAGAGAGGGCCGCGGCAAGUGCGCUGCGGGCGGCGGGGAGUUACUGCAGCUCCGCGGGGGGCGGCCCCGCCCUCGUGCGCAGGCGCGGAGCCGUUGCCAGCCGAGCGGUUGCGGUCAGACGCGCUUCUAGAUCGCGCCGGGCGGACGGGCUGCACCGUGCGGCUCCGGGGGCCCGCCGGGUGGCUCUGGCCAGCCUGAGGCCUCGGCGUUCGCCCCCUCACGGUCUCCUCGGGUCCGUUGACAUGAGUCUGGUCGUCGUGGUCCACGGUGGCGGAGCCAGCAGCAUCUCCAAGGACCGGAAGGAGCGAGUGCGCCAGGGCGUCAGCAAAGCCGCCACGGUGGGUUACAACAUCCUCAAGCAGGGCGGGAGCGCGGUCGAUGCCGUGGAAGGAGCUGUGGUCACCCUGGAAGAUGAUCCCGAGUUCAACGCCGGGUGUGGAUCUGUCUUGAAUGCAAAUGGUGAAGUUGAAAUGGAUGCCAGUAUCAUGAAUGGAAAAGACCUAUCUGCAGGAGCAGUGUCCGCAGUCCGGUGUAUCGCAAAUCCCAUUAAACUUGCUCGGCUUGUCAUGGAAAAGACACCUCAUUGCUUCCUGACUGACCAAGGUGCAGCAAAAUUUGCAGCAACUAUGGGGAUCCCAGAGAUUCCUGGAGAACAGCUGGUAACAGAGAAAAGUAAAAAACACCUGGAAAAAGACAAGAAUGAGAAAGGUGCUCAGAAAGCAGAAUGUCAAAAAAACUUGGGAACUGUGGGUGCUGUUGCCUUGGACUGCAAAGGAAACGUAGCUUACGCCACCUCUACAGGGGGCAUCACAAAUAAAAUGGUUGGCCGAGUUGGAGACACACCGUGUAUUGGAUCUGGAGGCUACGCUGACAAUGCAAUUGGAGCCAUUUCAACCACCGGGCAUGGGGAAAGCAUCCUGAAGGUGAAUCUGGCCAGACUCACUCUCUUCCACCUAGAACAAGGAAAGUCACUAGAAGAGGCUGCCAACUUGUCGUUGGAUUAUAUGAAGUCAAGGCUCAAAGGUUUAGGUGGUCUCAUCUUGAUUAACAAAACCGGAGACUGGGUGGUAAAGUGGACCUCUGCCUCGAUGCCCUGGGCGGCCGCAAAGGACGACAAGCUGCACUCUGGACUCGACGUGGAUGAAACCACUAUCACGGACCUGCCCUAAGUCCCGGAAGAUUGUAUUCUAGAUGGCAGCUUGGAAGUAAAGUACAAUUUCCGGGUGUGGGGCGCAGCUUAAUCAAUUAGAUCUAGAAAUGGAAAAAUUAUGUUGUCUGUCACUCAUUUUGUUGCCAUGAUCAGUAAGUAUCUGAAUAUGUGGUUGAGGGGUGGGUUCUAAAUUUCUGUAUUAAGAUCAAAGUAAGACUAGUGAAGAUGACCAACUCUACUACUAGAGCCUUUCUCGUGCGCAAUUCCUGUCCUGCAAGGUUAGAAAGAAGCGACACAAUCAUGAUGUGGCAGAAGUGCCUUGGGGCAGGCAGUGCCUUUUGAAAUGAGGAGCCAUGGGCUGGCGAGGUGGGGAGGGGAGGCCCAGUGGAUGUGGCAGUGUUUGAAAGUGAGGCAGGAGCAGCAGGAGAGCUAAUGGACAAAGUCCAGGGGAAUCCUGGAAUGUUCAUCUUGAGUUGCAGAAACAUGCAGUAAAAGCAAAAAUCCUUUAAGGAAAAUGUUCUUCAUUUAUGAGUAAACUGAUUUUUCUAAGAAAGUUCAGAUCUUCUCUGACUCACUAACAUAGACCUGUUUCCGGAUACUUCCAAAGGACCCUCCACUAACUCAUAGCUCCCUAAUUGGGAGACAGAGUGUCAAAAUGAAGACACUCUGAGGUUCCUUGAAAUCUGAGGGUUUUCCUGGGAUCACAGGUGAGCCCCCUUACCUAGUGUUCUCCCACAAUCCAGCCUCAACCUGCUGCUGCCCUCUGGUAUAAAGGGUCAUUUAGUAAGGAAUGGGCUCCCCGCUUCUACACUCUCUCCAACAAAAGGAAGGAGCCAGCUGGUGUGAACAAGACACCAUGAUGCCAUGAAUUUUCAUUCUGUCCAGUGCUUGGGACACCCUCUCCUGCCCCACUGAGUCAAGCUGUACAGUCAGCAUGGUGAGGAAAGUAACUUCCUUGGUGGAGAAUAUUCCUGAUAGUCUCUCUUUACACUGGAAAUGUUAUUUCUGCUAUGACGUAUCUGCUCAAUAUUCUUAGUCUGUCAGGAUUUACUUUCUCUCUGGCAAGAAAUUUCAUAACUUUAAAUCCCA